ACGCAGCAUAACAACCCGCUACCACUCCGGCCUCAGUGAGGCGGACCCUCAGCGUGAACGCGCAAACGGAGAGGACGUACUUCCGGAAAGGCCCUCAGCCUGAAGAGCUCCGAGACCAGAAUCCAGACUCAGUCCAGGACAACACGGUCCACCAGUCACAGCGGAGACCUGCAGGACGAUGGAGAACCAGAACCCGGACCACAGGAGCCAAACAGCAGCCUCGUGCUCUGAUAGCGCCGAUGUUCAGAAACGGAGAGGAGGAGAUGGACUCAAACGUCACCACUGUCAGCUCUGUGACAAAUCCUUUAAAGCAUGCUGGUAUUUGAAGAUUCAUCAGAGAGUUCACACUGGAGAGAAACCGUACAGCUGUGACCAGUGUGAGAAAGCGUUCACUACAUCAGGUGACCUAAGAAUCCACCAACGUGUUCACACUGGAGAGAAACCCUACAGCUGUGUACAAUGUGGGAAAGCUUUCACUCAAUCAAGUCACCUAAAAAUCCACCAACGUGUUCACACUGGAGAGAAACCGUACAGCUGUGACCAGUGUGGGAAAACAUUCAUUUCAUCAGGUGGCCUAGAAAUGCACCACCGUGUUCACACUGGAGAGAAACCGUACUGGUGUGACCAAUGUGGGAAAUUUUUCACUAGUUUUAGGAGCCUAUAUGUCCACAGACGUGUUCACACGGGAGAGAAACCAUACAGGUGUGACCAGUGUGGGAAAACAUUUGCUACAGCAGAUGAAUUAAAAAAGCACUAUCGUGUUCACACUGGAGAGAAACCUUAUAAGUGUGACCAAUGUGGGAAAGCAUUCACUACAUCAGGGAACCUGAAAGUCCACCAACGUGUUCACACUGGAGAGAAACCAUACAACUGUGACCAAUGUGGGAAAGUUUUCACACAAUCAAGUGAACUAAAAAUCCACCAACGUUUUCACACUGGAGAAAAACCGUACAGCUGUGACCAGUGUGAGAAAACUUUCUUUACAUCAGGGAAACUAAAAAUCCAUCAACGUGUUCACACUGGAGAAAAACCCUACAGUUGUGACAAAUGUGGGAAAGCUUUUACUGCAUCAGGUGAACUAAAUAUCCACCGGCGUGUUCACACUGGGAAUAAACCGUACUGGUGUGACCAAUGUGGGAAAGUUUUCUCUAAAUCAAGUACAUUAAAUGUCCACCAACGUGUUCACACCCGGGAUAAACCAUACAGCUGUGACCAAUGUGAGAAAACCUUUACGCAGUCUGGUAACCUUAAACGCCACCAACGCAUUCACACUGCUUCGAAACCGUACAGCUGUGACCAGUGUAGGAAAGCUUUCACUCAGUCAUCUAAACUAAAAAUCCAUGAAUGUGUUCACACUGGAGAGAAACCAUACAGCUGUGACCAGUGUGGGAAAGCUUUCACUUUAUCAGGUAACCUAAAAAUCCACCAACAAAUUCACACUGGAGAGAAACCGUACAGCUGUGACCAGUGUGGGAAAGCCUUCACUAAAUUAUCUAACCUAAAAAUCCACCAACAAAUUCACACUGGAGAGAAACCGUACAGCUGUGACCAGUGUGGGAAAGCCUUCACUAAAUUAUCUAACCUAAAAAUCCACCAACAAAUUCACACUGGAGAGAAACCAUACAGCUGUGACCAGUGUGGGAAAGCUUUCACUUUAUCAGGUAACCUAAAAAUCCACCAACGAAUUCACACUGGAGAGAAACCGUACAGCUGUGACCAGUGUGGGAAAGCUUUCACUUUAUCAGGUAACCUAAAAAUCCACCGACGAAUUCACACUGGAGAGAAACCGUACAGCUGUGACCAGUGUGGGAAGGCGUUCAUUACAUUAUGUCACCUUCAAACUCACAGACGUGUUCACACUGGAGAGAAACCGUACUGCUGUGACCAGUGUGGGAAGGCGUUCAUUACAUUAUGUCACCUACAAACUCACAGACGUGUUCACACUGGAGAGAAACCGUACUGGUGUGAACAAUGUGGUAAAUUGUUUUCUCUGAGUAAUAACCUAAAAACCCACCACCGUGUUCACACUGGAGAGAAACCGUACUGGUGUGAACAGUGUGGAAAAACUUUUGCUGCAUCAGAUAACCUGCUCAUUCAUCAGAGAGUUCACACUGGAGAGAAACCGUACCGCUGUGACCAGUGUGGGAAAGCUUUCACUAGAUCAGGUGGACUAACAACCCACUGGCGUGUUCACACUGGAGAGAAACCGUACAGCUGUGAACAAUGUGGGAAAGCUUUUGCUCAAUCAUUUCACCUAGAAAUCCACAGACGUGUUCACGCUGGAGAGAAACCGUACCGCUGUGACCAGUGUGGGAAAACUUUCACUAGAUCAGGUGGACUAACAACCCACUGGCGUGUUCACACUGGAGAGAAACCGUACAGCUGUGAACAAUGUGGGAAAGCUUUUGCUCAAUCAUUUCACCUAGAAAUCCACAGACGUGUUCACACUGGAGAGAAACCGUACAGCUGUGGCCAGUGUGGGAAAGCUUUCGCUACAUCUGGUAGCCUUACAACACACCUCCGACAUGUUCACACUGGAGAGAAACAGUACCGCUGUGACCAAUGUGGGAAAGCUUUCGCUACAUCAAGCUAUCUAAAGAUCCACCAUCGUGUUCACACUGGAGAGAAACCGUACAGCUGUGACCAGUGUGGGAAAGCUUUCACUACGCCAGGUGACCUAAAAAUCCACUGGCGUAUUCACACUGGAGUGAAACCGUACAGCUGUGACCUAUGUGAGAGAACUUUCACUACAUCAGGUCACCUAGAAAUCCAUCGGCGUGUUCACAGUGGAGAGAAACCGUACAGCUGCGACCUAUGUGGGAAAGCUUUCACUUCAUCAAGCCAUCUAAAUGCCCACCGUCAUGUUCACACUGGACAGAAACCGUACUGGUGUGAACACUGUGGGAAAACUUAUGCCCGGAAUGGUUCCCUUAUAGUUCACAAACGGAUUCAUGCUGCUUCACUUUGAACGUUUCAGAGCCGAACGCAUGCUAAAACACGACAAAGGUGUGAAAGUUCUUAAAAACUUCACAAGACACAACAAUUUCCACCUGCAGAGAAACACACAGAAAGGGACGCCAUCUUGUAUGAUGUUAGAAGACUUGCAUAUGUGGGUCUUGAUUGGUAACUAACAACAAGCCUCCUCCUCAUGUGGCUCACCUGCUACUGUAGAAACAGAAUUGCAGCUGAAGAAAUUCAAAAUGCGAGUUGUCUUUACAAACUGAAAUAAAGUAGACUGAGCAGACAGAGAGGUUUAGGUAAGUAAAGACUGAAGUAAGGUGGAAAAUGAAAUGUAGUUAAAAUGGGAUAAUACCUGGUUAAUAGAAAUAGGGUAACGUAUUCUUUCAUAUAUUUUCAUUUAAAUAUUACAAAUAUACUCUCACCACAGUCAAUCUGUGGGAAAGAUUGAGCCCUGUGAUACUGCUGUUCAUUUUCCUUUAUAUAUAUUUUUUUGAACAUGCAGUUGAUCAGAAAAGCCGAUGCUGAUGGGGAUCCUAAUAAGUUAAUUUUCCAACAAAGGAAAAAAUGUAAAAUUGUAAUCAUCCAGGAAAAAUCAAUGCCUCUUUACCUGAUAGCUGUGUUAUAUCCUGAGCUUGUCUACCCAAUAUUUGGUAUGCAAAAGUCUUUUUUCCCCCUAAACUAAGCGUUGUAGUAUAACUAGCAGUAUAUCAUUAAUGUGUAAGUCUGAAGUUAUUGAAUAUCUCUGCAGAAUGUGUUUUUGGUGUUGCACUUUGUAGACGGUCCCUGCGCACUCAUCUCACAGCUGGCUGCACGUAGAGACCAAUGUUAUUUGUGCCACUCCUAGGAAGACUCAUUUAUGUGAAAAUGUACUUGUAGCUUGUUGUCUACUUAACUACGAUAAUAAAGUUGUUUGUGUUUUAAACA